AUGCCAGGAUAUCACCGUUGCAUUGUAGAUGGUUGUAGAAAUCUACGGGAGGAUGCGUCGAUUUCUGGACCUUCGUUCUUCUCAUUUCCGGAAGACAAUAGGUGCUGGAGGAAAUGGGGGGCCAAACUACCGUCUUUGUCAACCAUACGCCGAUGGGUCUGCAAGCUCGAUUUCCAACCCGGUAGGUGCCAAGACAUCCUCGACUGUUUGAAAGACAAGGUGGAGCGGAUGCAUCCGGUUGAAAAAGAUUGUAUCCUGACACUGGAUGAAACCGCACUGCACAAGGGCCUCCAAUAUAAUCGAUUUAGUGACAGGAUCGAGGGUUUCGAAGAUUUUGGCGGGUCUGAUAGGACCAUGAAUAUUGCGGACUACGCCUUAGUGGUUAUGGUUCGUGGCCUUAAUACUGAUUGGCGAAUGCCACUAGCCUAUUAUUAUAGUUGCCAUAGUUCUACAUCCAGUCAGCUAUAUAAUAUAGUAUGCAAGUUUUUUGAAGAUCUGUUUUCCAUUGGAUUGAAUGUUAGAGGGAUAGUCGUAGACCAGGGAGGAUGUAAUCAAGGAAUGUUCAAAAAAUUUGGCGUUUCCAUUGAAAAACCUUUUUUUAUGUACAUGGAUAAGAAAAUUUAUUUUAUGUACGAUGUGCCACAUGCUAUCAAAAAUAUCCGUACAGGAUUAACGAAAUACAACUUUAGAAUGGAAGGCCAUGAAGGGGUUGUUAGUAUGGCGCACAUAAAAGAAUUCUACGACAUUGACUGCAUGUCUACUUUUCGCUGUAGUUCUAAAUUAAGUGACGCUCAUUUUAAUCUAACGAAUUUAAGUAAAAUGAAGGUUAAAUUAGCCACGCAAUUAUUUAGCCGAUCAGUAGCCAGUGGUAUGCGCACCCGCAUAGAUUUAGGUGAACUAAGCACAAAUUUUUCAUUGACCGCAGAAUUCUGUGAACGAAUGGACACUAUUUUUGACAUGUGCAAUAUUUCUGAAUCACACUGCCCACUAAAAAAAUGGAAGUCGAAUAGUCAAGUUUUUCAGAAUUUGCAUGAAUGGAAAGCUGCUGAAAUGUGGUUAUCUGGUCUUACUUUGGAAGCUAUUCCGAAUGUUGUAAUUCGUGACCUUGACUAUGAAAGUGACGUGGAGGAAAAUUUUGACGGUAACGACCCCAACACUAAGCGCAAAAAAGUACGGAAAUUGCCUAUACUUCCGUGCAUCAAAGGUUUGCGACAAACUUUAGUAGCUCAGCACAUGCUCAUCGGUGAGCUGCAGGAAACGGGCUACAAAUUUGUCAAAACCAGGAGCAUGCAGUCCGAUGGUAUAGAGCAUAUAUUUGGACACUUGAAAUAUCGACUCGGGUCAUUGGAUAAAGCAAAUUGUCCAAUGUUUAGGCGGGCCUUUAGAUUUAUUUUCCUUUCCAACUUGAUUGUAACUCCGGACGGCAGUAACUGCGAAAAGUUCGAUUCUGAAGAUUCAAUUUUCGAUACCCAACGAAAAUUGUCUUUCUUCCUUGCCAAAACAAAUCAAAAAACCUUGACCUUGUUUGACCAAAUUGACAAUGAUAACGACGAUGAAAAUGACAAUGGCUUUGUGAUACCGAUGAUGAGUCAUACGGCUGCAACUUUUAUUUUGCUUCCCUUGAGCACUUGGAUAAUACUCCGGCGUCUGUGA